AUGGAGCCCAACAGAGCUGCUUUGCAACCUUUUCAAAAAGCAGGCAACCUCGAAGUAAAAGAAACACCCUUCCCACAUGCCUCCACUCAUCAAAUCGUCAUCCGCAAUCGCGCGGUAGCCAUCAACCCUAUCGACACCCUGAUCCAGUCGCGCGGAAACAUCAUGUACACACAUCUAAAAUACCCCUUCGUUCUCGGCUACGACAUGGCCGGCGAUGUAAUCGAGGUUGGCGAUGGAGUCACCCGAUUCAAGGUCGGCGACCGCGUACUCGGAUUCAGUCAAGCAGCCGAUAAAAACAUCAAUGAUCCCGCACAGGGCGCUUUUCAGCGAUACGUGGUCGUCUCUGAAGAUCUUGCCUGCUGUAUACCCGAAAAUGUUGAUUUUGCUCAUGCUGCGACCCUGCCACUCGGGUUGGCUACUGUGGCUGCAGCCUUGUUCGAUAAAGCGCAGCUCGGCCUGCGACUCCCUCGGGAACCAAAGCAGUCGCCAACAAACCAGACGGUGGUGAUCUGGGGCGGAUCAACCAGCGUUGGAUGCAAUGCUAUUCAGCUAGCUGCUGCAUCUGGUUACGAGGUCUUUGCGACAGCGUCACCGCAAAAUCACGAGUAUCUACGCAAGCUAGGCGCAUCUCGAGUGUGGGAUUACAAAACCAGUUCCGUCGUUGACGAUUUAGUCGGCGCGUUACAAGGGAAAACCCUAGCUGGAGUGGUAUCUAUCGGCGUUGGCGCAGCGGAAAAAUGCAUGCAAAUCGUCGAGAGAUGCAAGGGCAAUAAAUUCGUCGCUAUGGUCACGUUCCCUGUUCCUCAGAAGGAGCCUCAGAAUUUCGUGUUUCUACGGACUGCAGUGUUUUUUGUUUCUUCGCUGAUCUAUUAUAAGAUUCGUGGAGCGAGGAAGGGAUUCAAGAGCAACCUCGUUGCUAUUGGUCCGACCUUGGAGAAUGGUGUUGCUCGACAUAUCUGGACUGAAUUCUUGCCCAGAGCGUUGGAAGCUCGUAGUUUUGUUCCUGCGCCUGAGCCUGAAGUGGUUGGACAUGGUCUUGAAUUGAUCCAGGAGGCGUUUGAGCGUUUGAGGGAAGGUGUCUCUGCUAAGAAGCUAGUGGUUACUCUUUGA